GAUACUGACGUCAUCUUAUGAGAUGCUGAGCGGGGGGAUUUCCAUUCUAAAAAUAGAAUGAUUAGUCAAGUAACAACUGUACAAGCCAUUGCCAUUCAUUCAGAAAUUCUACACGAGUUGGUUGACAGGUGUACUGUGUACGAGAAGGCCAUACCAAUCCAUUGUAAACUGUUUAAGGGAUAAUUAUAGGAUCAAUUUAAUGAUGAGUAACGACCUCUCUUCAAUUUCUACUCAAUCGUCUUACCACCUAACGAAAGAUGAUGUAGACAAAACAGGUUAUGAUUUACACUUUAAGAAGAAAGUUGAUGAUGAUUUGCACUGUAACUUAUGUCGCUACCCACUCCGCUUACCAAAACAGUCCGUAUGUGGAUGUAGAUACUGCUCCGCUUGUAUCAAGCGGUAUUUAGAGGAGCACAAUAUAGAUGACAAAUUCGAUUGCCCUUCAUGUAAAGAGACAAUAUCCUCAGCGGAGAUGGUUCCAGAUUAUCGAGUCAAGAAACAGCUUGACAAACAAAUCGUGUUCUGUCCGAAGAAUUUAGAAGGCUGUCAAGCCGAAUUUCCUCUGAAAGAACUUGAAAAACACACCGAUGUCUGUGAGUUUGCGAUGGUGAAAUGCCCGAAUCAACUCAAUGGGUGCGUUGCAUCGAUUCGACGAAAGGACCUUGAGAAACAUUUGAAAAUCGACUGUGCGUUUCGACUUGCGCAAUGUAAAUACUGUCAAGAACGAUUUCCCAAACUGAAGGUUGCAGUAAGUUACGUUUGGUAUUAGAGUAAUAUCUACCACUCGAAAAUUACUUUCGACGUUGAUAUAUUUUCAGUUAAUAUACAUUUUAAAUGCGUAUCAGAUAAUUAUGAUGAUGGCAAAAUUUAUGA